GUGAGGCAGCUUCCCGCCUGCGGGAGGGCGUGAGGCGGCGGUGGGCGCUGAAGAGCGGGGAGGGGGCUGAAAGGUGGCAGGGUGGGGCUGGGCAUCCCCUCAGCGCUGGGGUUGUGAGCGGGAAGCAGCGCCACACGAGUGGGACUCACAGAUACCGCUUUAUUUCAGAUUAUUUCAGAUCUUUGUAGGCAGAGAGAAAUAAGGAGGUGAAGACGAUUACAGGGGAGUGCGCAACAGGUCAAGGAGGAAAAUCUCAUUAUGGCACCAUCAGGAAGAAAGCAUUCAGGGAAAGCUGGUAAAGCAGCACAGGAAGAGCAAACCAGAUCUGCCUAUGACUUUCCAGAAGAAAGAAAAGACCUGAGUGGAUCAGAGGAAGAUAUUAGAGAAGGUGAGACACCAGUAAUGGACAAGCAUGGCAAGAAAAGACCUUUGGUGGCUUCUCAUGUGGUUCCAGAUGAUGUUGGGGGUGAAGUACAGAAUAUGCUGGAAAGAUUUGGAGCUGACAUUAACAAAGCUCUCUUAGCCAAGAGGAAAAGAUUAGAAAUGUAUACAAAAGCCUCACUCAAAACCAGUAACCAGAAGAUUGAACAUGUUUGGAAAACACAGCAGGAGCAGAGGCAGAAGCUCAAUCAUGAGUUCUCCCAGCAGUUCCUGACUGUAUUUCAGCAGUGGGAUGUAGAUGUGCAGAAAGCAGAAGAACAGGAAGAAAAACUAGCGAAUAUGUUUCGUCAGCAACAAAAAGUUUUUCAACAGGCAAGAAUAGUUCAAAGUCAGAGACUGAAAACUAUUAAGCAACUAUAUGAGCAAUUCUUAAAGAGCAUGGAAGAGCUAGAGAAAAACAAUGAAAAUCUUCUAGCUGGUGCACAAAAUGAACUUCGCAAAGAAAUGGCUUUGCUACAGAAGAAGAUUAUGAUGGACACUCAACAGCAGGAGAUGGCAACUGUUCGCAAGUCUCUUCAGUCCAUGUUAUUCUGAUGGCUCAAUGGAGAAACAACUUGUACCUAAGUAACAUGAUACAAGUAUAGGCGUUAGCCAUAAAGAAGUUAUCUUAAGAUUUAAGUGUUUUAAAGUUCCUAUUAAAUGCUUUAUUUGAUUGUUCUAA